ACGAAGGGAAACCACGGAAUCCAUUCAAAAAAGAUGCCUCCCAGAACAAAUGCAUGCUCAAUAUGCCGCAAGAAGCGCAUCAAAUGCGACGCAACGCUCCCGCAAUGCCUCAUGUGCAUUCGCUUCGGCCGCCAAUGCCCGGGACCGACGUCAGGCCCUGUCUUCGUCGACAUGACCUCUUACGCCUCAAAGAAAAAGAAGGCGAAACGGAGUCGCAGAGAAUUAGAUCUGGCUCCGGGGUGCUGGUCCCCCAAAUCAUCCGGAAUUGGACUUAUACUCCCUCCUGAACUCGCGUUCGGCAAGGCAAUGCAGAUCUCGCAGAGGAAUACCCUGAACGAGGCUUUCUUCGGAAACUUCCUACUGUAUUUUACAUCUACGGGAGAAGAGAAGGAUCUACAGAACCGAAUGACCUGGCUGCAUCGACUCCCCGCUUUGUCCACGGAUGGGACGAAUAGCGCGCUCACGCUUGCGCUGCGGGCUACUGCGUCUGCGUACUGCGGCGUGGAAACGUCGAACAUUGCGCUCCUCCAGCAGGCGUGCAAGCUGUACGGCCAAGCGUUGCACAUGCACUCGCAGCUCUUGCGCUCCAAAAGGGACGUCACAGUACAUAUGGUGUCCACCUCCGUGCUGCUCAGCCUCUUCGAAGCAAUGCAGGCCACAACUGCCGACGCAUACCGCGCGCACAUCAACGGCGCUGCUAAAAUGAUCGAAGUAACAGGCCCGGGGGAAUGCCUAGAAGGCGUGCUCUGCCAGUUAUUCUUCCAUAUACGGACGCAGAUGACGUUUGUGUAUUUGACGACGAGGAGCGGGGAUGAGAGCAAUGUGUGUGUGAGGAGGAUCUUGGAAGGCACGUUGAGUUAUAGAAAGUUGCCGGUUUUUCAGAAGCUGACGGGGAGCGUGAGUCGGUUGGCUGAGUGUUAUGUGGGGUUGGAGGAGGAAGAGGAAGGAGAGGGUGGGAAGCAGAUGAAGAUUGGGUUGGGAAGUUAUGUGGAGAUGAAGAGCGAAGUCGACGCCUUGUGGCUUGAAUACAGAGAGAUGGCGGAGAAGAAGGGCGAGCAGCUCUUCUGGAAAUCCUCUGCUGGCACCACUGAAUACCGCGACGCUUUCACAGCCCUCUGCGUCGCGUACUUUGCUUCCGCUCGCGUCCUCCUCUCCAUCCUGGCGCCUCGUCUCGCAGCGACAUACCUGGAUUUCAUAGAUUACUACGGAAUGAUCCUGGAUGCAGCGGCGUUUCUGAGGACGAGCACGAUUGGAUGUGCGUAUAUGCGUAUGGCAGCGCCGCUGUACCUUGUGGCGCUACAUGGGAAGACGGUGGGGCAGAGAGAUAUAGCGGUGGAGAUCUUCGAAGAGUGGAGACUGGGGAGUAUGGGCGGGAUUAGCAAACUGGCGCUGGAGAGGAUAUAUGCUAGUAAGAUGCUGGAACAAAGAACUGAUGAUCCACCGAAGGGCGGGAUGGCAACAGUUGGAUGAUAGAAUAGGACAAACAAACUUCAUUGAUA